CCAUUUGAAAUUCAAAUUCAAACGGUUUACUUAGGAGGGGACUGGACUGGACUACAUAAACACUAGUAAAGUAGUACAUAUAGAUACAAAACCAAGGAGAUCAAAAGUUUGGAUCAUUUUGAGGUUUCACCAACGCUACCCAAGUCAUGGGGGACACAACUUGUGUCAUGCAACCAUUCUCUUACGCCGCAGGCAUUUCUAAUGACGCCAAAGAGGGGAACCCAACUCAUGCGCUUGGACAGUCGAUCUCGUUUGGGAGGUUCAUGUCAGAUUCCUUAUCUUGGGAGAAAUGGUCAAGCUUCUCUAAUAACCGAUAUGUUGAAGAGGCUGAGAAAUUCUCAAGACCUGGCUCAGUUGCGCAGAAAAAGGCUUUCUUUGAAGCACAUUAUAGGAAUCUUGCUGCAAGAAAGGCAGCAGCUUUGCUUGAGCAAGCAAAUGCAGAAGCAAGCAAUGUGCAGGAGCCUGAAAAUGAGGGUGGAAUUCCUGAUAAGACAACCCAAGAUUCACUAACAGUGGCCACAAACUCCCAAGAAGCUGGUGAUCGGGAAGAGGUAUAUGUGCAACAAGUAAAUUCUGAAGCAAGUUUUGUUGCUGAUGACAAUACUCGUACCUCUAAUGUUGAUAUGGAAAGAUUUGAAAGCAGCAAUGUGGAAGAAGUUGAACCAUCAGCCGAAAACGAGAUUCUUGUGGAGAAUUGUGUUAAGAUCGAGACUUUAAACCAGAUUGUGAAGGUCGAUAACAAGGAGGAGGUUAAAGAAAUGGAGCUUAGUGUAUCAAAACAAAUGGAGAAACCUCUAUUAAAGGAUUUCAUGUCUUGUAAAGAUGAUGCUGCAUCAAUGAGCAAGAAGAAACCAGCAGUCUCUUCCUCUAAGUCUUCGAUUUAUGAUAAAGCAUCUAAGCUGCCAUCCACUCCAGCUAAACCUGCACCUUCAGUUCGUGCGAAAAAAGAAAACACUGCUACUCCAAUCAGCAAGAAGUCUGCAUUAGAGUCAGUGGAAAGAAGAAAACCAACUCCAAAAUCAACUCAUAAGUCGAUGAACUUCACUCCUGCCAGAGAAUUUAAUAGAAUCACUUCAUCAAUUAUCAGGAAGAUUGAUAAUUCUAGAGUUGGUUCUCAUUCUAAGUCAUCUAAAGAUUGCCCAACUCCUUCAAGAACUCCAAUGAUGAUGGUGUCUAUUGCAGAAUCAAAGCAUCCUUUAGCCACCCCUCAGUCAGAAAAAAGAAGGGCAAAAACACCUCUUCACCCCUCGACAUCAGGAAGCAAAACAGUUCGCUCAAAAUGGCAUUUCCUUCCAAAAGAUUGUUCAAUGUUUAUGACUUCCAGCAGAAACAGAUCUCAGUCCCCAAGUGCAUCUAUUCCCUUCAGCUUCAGGACUGAAGAAAGAGCUGCAAGAAGAAAGGAGAAGCUGGAAGAAAAAUUCAAUGCCUAUCAGGCACAAAAAGUGCAGCUACAAGUAACACUCAAGGAAAAAGCAGAAACAGAACUUAAAAGACUGCGACAAAGCCUUUGCUUCAAGGCCAGGCCGCUACCUGAUUUUUAUAAACAGAGAGUAGCACCAAACAAUCAGAUGGAAAAGGUUCCACUGACUCAUUCUGAAUCACCUGAGCCUGGAAGAAAAAUGACUCCCAGCAAGAUACGGAGCGCCUCUCAACUUCCUCAAUGGUCUUCACUCAAGAACAGUGGUUCCAAAGAUGCAAUGCAAAAGAAAAGUGAUAACCCACGUUCUCUAGCUUCACGACUCAAAGCAAGUCCUCAUGAGAAUACAUCUCCAAAUAUUCAGCAUGAAUGAUGCGGUGGAGUUGUUGAGCUUGAGAAGGAAAUGAGACUUCAUUUCAAAUCUAGCAAAUUCAUAAAUGUGUGCAAAGUACUCUGAGAUUACAGAGAUCAGAUACUGUAAAUUUAGUGUGUACCUUAACUAUUAAUUGCAUAAAUGUAGGCCACGCUGAACCUAAAUUUUAAGCUUCAA